ACAAGGAGAGCAGGUGCACCACGGCGUCCACACAGACGGGCAUCUGGUCCUCCCCUGGGCAAGGCGCUGACAUUGGCCCCAAACUGGUGCCUUUGCUGGGGGAGUGAAAUUCAAGGUGGGAAGGCACCUGCGGUGUCUGGGUGUCUGCCUGCAUGGUGGGUGGUCCAAGAUGCAGUGGAAAGAUCUGGAGAGGCUCCCCAGGGAGCCCCGAAAUUCCCAGAGACCCCAAAGAGGCCAGAGUGGGGUUCCGUUCUGUGCAAUCUCAGUCGGGCUCCUGGUACCUGUGACUGUCUAGGGGUAAAUGGGGCUGAGCCAGGCUCUGACCACUCCCUGCACCCAGGUGCUGCCCUCCCCCUGCACACCCUCCUCCCCUUCCAGCCCCUCCCAGGGUUAGCCCAGACAUUUAAGGAGCAGUCUCAGAGGGACUGGACACUCCUGGGGCUCCAGACACAGGCAUCUCCCUGGCCACAGCCUGGACCGUGGGGGAGGGGACUCCUGUGACCCCACCUGGAGCCCUGCAGGCAGAGGGUGGCACCAGGAUGGCUGACUCCACAUCCUCCAUGCCACCUCGCCCUGUGAAGACCCUGCAGAAGCAGUGGCUGGAAGCCCUGGCCGCCAUGCACUAUGUGCUUGCUUUCGUGGUCCUAGUCCCUUUCUCCGUCUUUCUUCUGCUCUUCCUCCUCUUCACACGGCUCUGGUCUCUGUCUGUUCUCUGCAUGCUGUGGAUCUACCUGGACAGGCACACUCCCAGCCAAGGGGGAAGGCGAUUUGUGUGGCCAAGGACCUGGGCCAUCUGGAAACACCAAAGGGAUUACUUUCCUAUCAAGCUGGUGAAGACGGCAGAGCUGCCCCCCAGCCAGAACUACGUGCUGGGGGCCCACCCCCACGGGGUCAUGUGCACCGGAGCCUUCAGUAAUUUCCUCACUGAGAGCAAUGACUUCUCCCGGCACUUCCCGGGGCUGCAGCCCUGGAUAGCCACACUGACCAGGUUCUUCUACAUCCCAAUCUUCCGGGACUACAUCAUGAUUGGUGGACUGCGUCCCGUGAGCCGCCAGAGCCUGGACUUUGUGCUGUCUCUGCCUCAGCGGGGCCAGGCAAUGGUCAUCAUGAUUGGAGGAGGCAAGGAACUCUUAUCCACGGCCCCAGGACGGCACUUAGUCAAGCUCCAUGAUCGCAAAGGCUUCGUGCGCCUGGCACUGAGGCAUGGGGCCUCCCUGGUGCCUGUGUACUCCUUUGGGGAGAAUGACAUCUUUAAAACUAAGGCUUUUAUCGAAGGCUCCUGGCAGUACCAGUGCCAGUCACUCUACCAUAAGAUCACUCGUUUGCCUUUCUACAUAUUCUGGGGCCGUGGUCUCUUCUCACCCAACUCCUGGGGUCUGCUGCCCCUGCCCGUGCCCAUCACCACUGUGGUGGGCGGCCCCAUCCCCGUGCCCCAGUGCAGCAGCCCCAGCGAGGAGCAAGUUGACCACUACCACAGGCUCUACAUGGACGCCCUGGAGCGGCUGUUUGAGGAGCACAAGGAGAGCUGUGGGGUCCCUGCCUCCACCCACCUCACCUUCUUCUAGGCCUGGCUCGGCCUCCCUGCUGAACCCCUGAGCCCUGUGCACUGCGACCCCAGCUCCCGCCUUGACCUCCCCUCCAAUAAAGGCUGGUUCUGGAGGGGAGUGUGGCCAGGCACUGCCACCCCAUCCUGUCUGCUGCAGAGGGGCCGCCUGGGUUUGGUCUCAGCACCCUGCAUUCUCCUGCCAGGAGAGCUGACUGUGCCCCAGGACCUGGGAGACGUCUCCCCGUCCUGGGCCCCUGCUCCCCCUGUGAAGCAAGGCUGCUGCUUAGCUCAGAGCUGGCAGUUAUGAGAGUCAGGUGCCAGAGGUGUGUAUUGAACCCAGGCACUGUGUGGGAAUUGUGCAUCUUUGUAAUAUUAGUUUAUUUAUUUGAAGGGGGGAGAGACAGAGAGAGAUGUAAAGCAGAGAGAGAGAGAGAGAGAGAGAGAGAGGAUGCUGAUGAGAAUCUGCUACCUCUUGGUUCACUUCCUAAACACCCUCAGUGGCUGGGGCUUGCUCCGGCAUAAGCUUGGUCUCCCAUAUAGGCGGCCCAGGCUCUCGACACCUGCGGGGCUGCCUGCCCCACCCACAGCUGAGAACACGCACCUGCAGUCCCCCUGGUCAGAGCAGCUCAGGGACAGACACAGCCCCUUGCUGGCUGUCAAGUGCUGUGGACCUGACCGAGUGGUGAAGGCUGCUGAGGUCAGCCCAGGACCCUACUGCGGGGCCCCCCCAGCUCUCACGCCCCUCCCCCAGGUGUGUGGCCCUCCCACCAGAUUCCUGUUGUCAGCUCCCAGGUGCCAGCCCCAUAACCUGAUGAGCUGAUCCUACUGGGCGUGGUCGUGUGAUGGGGACGGGGGGUUCCUGUCCUGGAGCCCUCACCCAUGGCACAGCAUGGGUCACAGGAUGGAAGCCAGGAGGAGGAACGCUAGGUCCAGGCUGGCCAGGAAGGAACAGACAGGUCACUCAGCCUUGUCCUGGAGGAUUUCUCCCGUCUCUGAUGGCCACUGAGCGUUUCACACAACUGCAGGUGAUGGGGUGUGUGUGGUGCUGUGGGGUAACAUGGAAAAAGUUCAAGGUUCCCAGGAAAAUCACUGGAGACAAAAUGGCAUAGCAGGUGAUGCUGCCGUCUGCAGUGCCAGCAACUCAUAUGGGCGCCAGUUCGAGUCCUGGCUGCUCCACUUCCAUCCAGCUCUCUGCUGUGGCCUGGGAAAGCAGUAGAAGAUGGCCCAAGUCCUUGGACCCCUGCAGCCAUGUGGGAGACCUAGAAGAAGCUCCUGGCUCCUGGCUUCAGAUUGGCUCAGCUCCGACCAUUGCAGCCA